GGAGGUGGUCGUCUCGCGAGUUAAGAGCCGAGUAACUACCAAUCGGAUGGCGCGCGCAGUCUGAGUUGCGUGUGUUGUGACAGGGGAGAAUUCCUGGAGCAGUAAUCAGGGCACGUGGCUUUGAUGAAGAGGGUUAAACUGCAUCUCAUGGUGCAUGGGAAACUUAUUCAAAAAUUGUCGUUUAUCUGGUGAAAAAAAUAUAUUCCCAGCUUCUGCUUGUAGUACAUGGAGGUGAAUUAUUAUGAAUUGACGGAUUAUUUUGAUUCAUUUUGGAUUAAUUACUAAGAAAUGAAGAUUUUGAACUGGGACACUUGUUUCAGUGUCGUGGUUUUUAUAUUGUGGACAAUUUUCAGUAGAGCUUUCGGUUCCCGUCUUGGAGUCUCGGGCAGGUACCCGGUCCCCAGGUUUGCCUACUCUGAGACCAAUGUGACGGUGAAUGCCGGGGACACCGCCAGCCUAGUGUGUAAGGUGGAAAAUCUCGGGACAAGAAAAGUCAUUUGGAGAAAGCCACCUGAUGUAUCGCCUUUAACGAUUGGUCAAUAUAUUUUUGUUAACGAUGUAGCCAUGUCUGUGGAACAUGCGCGAGAAUCGGAGGACUGGAAACUGAUCAUUUCCGAUGCACAUUCCAGACACAGUGGAGAGUACGAAUGUCAAGUGCCCACUGCCGAUAAACAGAUGCGGAAACAUUUCUACCUCACUGUAAUAGAAAAACAACAUGUUCCUCGACAAAAAUCAAACUCUAAAGAAGUGAUCCACAUUUCUGACAGACAACAUGUAAAUACUGACGAACCAUUUGAAAUUUAUUGUAAUGUCACUGGAGUAGACUUUGUUCCUGAAAAUAUUGACUGGUUCAAAAAUGGUGAAAAACUUCAGAGUAAUGUUGAAAGGGGUGUUACUAUUAAAUUUUCUGUGACAAUGGAAACAAAAACUAUAAAGAGUACUUUUCGUGUCGAGCAUGCGCGGAUGAGUGAUGCUGGGACUUACACAUGUCGGACAUCCAACAGUCUGGUGGAGUCAACAUCAGUUGUUGUGUUGUAUGCCACUAGCAAGAACAGCAAAAGAGUAAUUAUCUCGGAACGGAACUUAAAAUCUGAGAAUCGCGGAGAAAACCCAGCAUCUAAUAACCAGCAGCCGAUGUCUUCGACCAAUCAUCUACAGUCAUCGUUCCUAUGUCAUCUGUAUUUGUCACUUGUUAUUGUACUGUUUUUCAUGGUGUAAAGAGCUCGUUGUUUAUCGAUUUUUUUGCGAAUUUCUGAGAUGGUCAGUGAUCUCUGUCCAGAUUGGUUUUUCUGGGCGUGGCUUACACAAGUGGAGCUUAGCAGCCUCCACAAUUUGUGUAAUUCAGUUAAGUGCAUAUAUAUACGUUUGUUCAACUCUUUUUCGUGCUGUCCAUAAUAUUUACCUCAUUUCUAGACGCUACUAAAUACACUCAACAGUCUGGUCUCAGUAUACAGAUACAUUUAUCACUGAGUACUUUUCUUUUUAUGUCGUAAGUAGAAAACUAAGUGUGUUCGAAAAGAUGAGUGAUGGCGCCGAAAUAUUUGCACUCGGAGGAUGGUACUGACAUAGGGAGACUUGAGACUUGUAUUUAUUAUUAACAGCUGAUGGAACUGACAAUGACAGUGUUAUGGUCUUUGGUGUCAAAUCGAUUACCAAGAUUCAUUUUACGACUUUUCACAAUUUUAUGUUUUAAUUAACUGGUUUUGUUAUCAUAAUAUUUUAUGCACGAGUCAUUCAGUUUAUUAGCAUUCAUCUCGAUUGUAUUAUUGGUCUUUACGUGUUUGUAGAGGCAUCAAAUGUUAUUUUAGGACUGCUUAAUUAUCUUCAGAUCGUAUUCCAUCCUGCCCAUUCCACCUUAUCAAACUUUUUUCAUGUUGUUUUCCUUUUUAUUUUCACCAUAUUUUGACUGAAUAUUGAAUCGAUAUUUAGUCUUAGGUGACAUCUUAUUGAAAGACUGUUAUUUUGGACAGAAUAUGAAAUAAAAUAUUAUGUGUAUUGGUAGUUUUACCAAAAUGUGCUUCAUUUGAAAAUGACUGUAGCGAUAUACUUAUUUUUGUUUAUUUAGAAUAUACAGUUAUACAACUGUUAACAGAUAAAGUUGUACCUUAUUCACAUUAAAUAACAAGGUCACGUGAUAUAUCAAUGAAGUAGUAUAUGUUCUUAAUUAUAAAACUUUAUAUUUGUCACAUGAAUAAAUAUUUUCAACAGUA